AUGGCAUACGACCAGUACUUCACCAUCAGUCAACCACUGCACUAUGAGUCAAUGAUGAACAGGAGAGCUUGUGUCCAAAUGGCAGCCAGUACCUGGAUCAGUGGGGUUCCCAAUUCUGCACUGCACACUGGAAACACAUUUACAAUAAUCUUCUGUGGAGACAAUGAGAUGGAGCAGUUCUUCUGUGAAAUCCCCCAGCUCCUCAAACUUGCUUCUUAUGACUCAUAUCUCAGUGAAACUGUGGCUAUUGCCUUUAGCUUGUACUUUGCCUUAAACUGCUUUGUCUUUAAAAUUGUGUCAUAUGUUUUGAUCUUCAAAACAGUGCUGAGAGUCCCCUCUGAGCAGGGCUGGCAUAAAGCCUUCUCCACCUGCCUUCCUCACCUCAUUGUGGUCUCUGUAUCUGUUUGCACUGCUAGUUUUGCCUAUAUUAAACCCACCUCCAGCUCAAUCUCAUGUCUGGAUCUCAUGGUGCCAGUUUUUUAUGCCCUGGUGCCUCCCAUGAUGAAUCUGAUCAUUUAUAGCAUGAGGAACAAGGAUAUCAAAUCUGCCCUGUGGAAAAUGAUUGGGUUAUGGCUAUUCUCCACAAAAUUAAAUGGCCAACUUUCUCCCAUUACCAUUGUCUCAUUCUGUGUUUCUUUAUAA